AUGGCUCGUGCUCUGGAACUGCAAGAGCAAUGGGAUGAAGCAUUGGCCAAAUAUACGUUGGCUAUCGAAGGUGCAAUGCGUGUUCUGAGUAGCGAGGAUCGCAGUGCCCAACGAGCUGUUAAAUUGCAGCGUAAAAUCUCCAACUGGUUGUCAUCAGCGGAGCGAAUCAAAAAAUAUGUGGAAGUGAUGGAGGCCGUCUAUGGGAUUUCGUUGAAUGGCGAUGAUGAAGCGGAAAAGCAGCUUCAAAUUACAGCCAACAAGCACUGUUCACUUAUGUAA